UGGCCACCAGUUUACACGCAUGCGCAGUACAGGAAGUUACACUGAGGCGUUUGUGACUGUCGGAGAUGUGGAGAUUAAGACGAGCGGAGAACGUGAUGGGCAUCCGCACUCACCAAAAGGAAUGAGUUUAAAUAGUGAAAUGUCUUUAUGAAGAGCAACUGGUUCAAACACAAACUAAGUUUUUUUUUUAAGCAUUUACUCAAUCAUUUAAAUGUGCUCAACUUGUUGGCCUAUUCAGUUUGUACGAAUUUACUGAGGAAAUGAAAGCAGCACCUUAAGGAACCGGAAAUGAUAGCCGCGCUGGGCCGAAACGUCCCUCCGUGCAGACGGUGAGUGUCGCAACUUAAGGAUUUCUCGCCCUGAGCAUAGUUCUAAAUGAUGUACGAGCUGUCAACGCGAUGCAAACGUUAAACUCUGAAGAUCUUGUUCUGCCCAAUCCCCAUCGGCGAAGCCCGGGCCUCUAGCCUCCGCCAUGGACAACCUGGAGGAGGACCUGACGUGCUCCGUGUGCUACUCGCUGUUCUCUGACCCGCGCGUCCUGCCGUGCUCCCACACCUUCUGUAAGGCCUGCCUGGACAACCUGCUCCGCUCGUCCACCAACUACUCCAUCUGGCGUCCGCUGCGCCUGCCGCUAAAGUGCCCCAACUGCCGCAGCGUGGUCGAGCUGCCCCCGCUGGGCGUAGACUCUCUGCCCACCAACGUGUCGCUGCGAGCCAUCGUCGAGAAAUACCAGAGCGACGGCGCGCCGCGGCAGCCUUCCUGCCAGGAGCACCACAGGCAGCCUCUCAACAUGUACUGCAUCCAGGAUCGGCAGCUGAUCUGCGGCCUGUGUCUGACUGUCGGGCGGCACCAGGGCCAUCCCAUAGAUGACCUCCAGGCAGCUUUCAUCAGGGAGAAACGGACGCCAUCGCAACUGCUGGCCAGACUCUCCGAGCAGAGAUGGGCACAGGUGUGUGAGCUCGGGGAGCAGCUGGAGCAGGAGAAGGCCCGCUGUGAGGGUCUCGUGAGCCAGGACCGACGGGAGGUCGAUCAGUUCUUCCAGGCGCUGGAGGCGGUGCUGGCCAGGAAGAGACACGCCUACCUGGAGGCCCUGGACCAAGCUGGCGCAGAGGUGUGCGAGGCUUACGACCCGCUCAUCCGCAGAGUGAAGGCCCUGCAGGAAGAGCAGUUGGACCUGGUGUCCUUGGGUUCGUCGGUAGAGGAGGAGGACUCCCCGCUGGUCUUCCUGGAGGAGGUUCACGUGUUCAGAGAGCGGGUGGAGGAGUUCAUUAAAACCCCGCUGCCCUCGGUGUUAAACCUCUCCCUCACCCCGCGCGCAGCGGAGCACCUGCAGCAGCACUGGCCCGCCGUGACCAUCGGGAGCCUGGAGGACGCGCCCGUCCCGACGGUGUGCUGCUGCUCCAGAUGCGGCGCCGCGGCGGAAGCCGACGCCGGAGGAAGCGAUGGGACCGACGGCUGGGCGCGGCGCGUGCUGCUGCUGGGGCUGCUGCUGCUGCUGGCGGCGGCGGCGAUGUGGGUGGAGCCGGAUGGACUCUCGCUGCUCUCGCACUGGAGUCAGUUGGUCCACGAGCUGAGCAGCGAGCUGAUGAUGUCGGUCUGUCAGACGGCGGAGUCGGCGCAGGCAGUGCUGCAGGCCGCCGUGGACGGAUGGAGAUCUCGCCUCUCUUCGGUGGGCGAGGAGGCCUCGCAGCAGCUGGCCGCGUUAUUUAAAAGUCUGACGUCCCACUGAGACUGACAAAGCUUUACUUCUACACUCCUGCAGUUGAGGUUGCACCUGACAGAAGCUUUUUAAAACCGCCGGUAUUUUCCACUUGAAAAAUUUAUGUUGUUUUUCGGUUAGAGUGGAAACUAAGCACAUUUUAAACAUUAACAAUGUUGAUUGGAUUUUUCCUGUAAGAUUUCAAAUAUAACAUUAGAGGUGCCUCACCCUUAUGACUUAUAACCCAUUGGAAACUUCCUACUAGCCUGAAGGUACUGCAACUCCCCGAGGACAAUAAUGGGGGGACUGUGCAGAUUUCACAAGAGCUGCGAGGCCCUGCUGCGCCCCGCCCUAAAAAUAUGUAAUAUCAAGUAUUAUGCAGACUACACUUCUUAUUAAAAUGACAUUGUAUCUUUUUCUAGUGCUGGUAUUUUUAGAAAAAUAAAACUUGUUAUUGCUUUUA